AUGGAAUCAGCGCCGAGUGGUUGGGAAGCAUACGAUGCGUCUCUUUGGGGUGCCUUCUUGGAAAGUGUCGCCCAGCAAGAUCUGUCGGUAUCAGACCUCGAGGUGCUCUCUCCAAGUGAUCUCGAUGCGGCAGCAGAUGAGUUUUUGACACCGCUGAGCAUCCCCGCAUUGCGUAAGGGGCAGCUGAAGACGGCCUUGCGCCAGUGGGCUUCACAACGAGGGUUUAUCGAAAUCCUUCCAGUUGAGGGUGAGGGUUCCAAGGUCAUGGUAUUCUUGGAUAAGCCACUCGGUGCCGGAGGUCAAGCAGAUGUCUUCGCCGGUGAAAUGUCGCGCGAGGCGGUAGCUGUGAAGCGCGUGAGCACCACAGCACUUGCAGCCAAGGAGGAAGCUGCGCUGCGGAAGAUGUCAGACUGCCCUCAAGUGGUGAAGCUGCAUCACGUCGUCAAACACCGUGGCUACACCUGGCUGGUUCUGGAAGCUAUGCCACAAGGCUCCGUGGCGGAGUAUCUUGCGAAGCAUGGCGCCAUGACCGAGGACCGGGUUGCUGAGGUCGUUCUGGAUGUUCUCCGCGCGCUGUGCCAUGCACAGGAACUGGCCGUCGUGCACCGCGACAUCAAGCCUGAGAACAUACUGCUAGCUCCUCACGGUGCAAAACUCGCGGAUUUUGGUUUUGCAAGGCAUCAGCAAUCCAUGACCUCACAGUCGGGCUUGAAGGGGACCCCCAUGUAUAUGUCCGCUGCUGCCUUGAGGGGCGAAUUCUCUCAUGCCGGUGAUGUACACGCACUGGCUGUGUGUGUUCUGGUAAUGCUCAAAGGUGAUCACCAGGUUUAUGAUCCGUCUGUGGCUUUCCCCUACGAGCCCCACUACGCUCUCAUUGCCCACAUCCAAGGCGGCAAUUUGCCCAGCCUGUUGCCGCUUAUGUCCACAGAGGCUGCUUGCUUCGUGAAGCGAUGUUUCACAGCGGCUGACAAGAAUUCUUUUGCUGUAAAAAAACUUUUGGAAGACCCAUGGGUCUCCGAUCGCAAGCCGCUUUUGCAGCUCAUCCCACGUGAAAUCUGCGCUCCGCCUGAAAUAUGCCCUCCACGGCAGACUCCUCGUGAUGGCCUGCAAGCACUGACUGUUCUGAGGUUGUCGCCUGUGAGGGAGGAGUCGCAACAAGACGUAGAUGUUCUGCGGAACCGCGUGCGAAGCUUCUUGUUGCGAGGCUUCGGACUCCAUGCAAAGACGGCGGAUACACUCUUAGAGCAAUUGGUCAACCUGGGGCUGAUCAGCAAAAAGACUUUAGCAAUCAAGGACUGCACAGACGAAGAGCUCGCUGCCAUAGAACGAACUGGUGACAACUUGGCAUGUCUUCUCGCCUUGCGCAAAGCAGCUGCCUGUGGAUACGAGAUUCGCUCACAGAAGGGAGUAGAAGCCUGGCACCGGCUCACGGAUUUAUGCUUUCAAGCUUAUCUCAAGCGCGCUGUACUGCCACACAGGAUCCAGGCAAAGGAGCUUGGUAGGAAGCGAAGAGAGAUUCACGAAGCAAAACUAGAAGAGCAGAGGCGCAAGCAGCAGAGAGAGCAGGAGCAACGUUUCGUGUUGGACAGUCAAGACAGAGCACAAAGGCUCUUGCAUCAGUAUGCUGCUGAACUCCCAUUUGAGCAGCGUGCCAGAAGAUUCUUGCGGGGGUCAGACUUUGACUUCAUGAUGUCCGUUUUGCGAAGGCAUCCGAAUGCCAGCAGCAAGAUCGGACGUGGAGUGCGUGAAAUAUACGUUGCAAGGCUGAUCCAGCUCCAGAAAGAGGCGCCGCAGCUGCAGGAGCAGGGCUUGCAUUUCAGGAAGUUCGACAAGGUGACCACUUCCUUGCUCUCCUUUGUCUCAGAGACCUGGAUGCGGAUGUGCUUCGCUUCCUGGCACACCGAGGUGAAGACUCGCCUCAGGGUCUGUCUCGUGCUCCAGAAGGCACAGGGUGUGGCAGUGGCCCGAGCCGCCCUCAGCGCCUGGCACACGACGGCGGUGGCGGAGCGAUGUGAGGCGGCUGCAGCCUUGCUCACCGAAGUUGCCAUAGACAGAAAGGCUGCUCCGGCGACACCGCAGUCAACAGGAGGCUGCGACAGUCGCGACACCUCGACGAUUGGUACGGCACCACUUUCUGGAGUGCUUCGAACCCGAGAUGCAGAGGUGAUCCCCGAAACCGUGGAUGCGACCUCUCGGGCAUCCACGCAGCCUUUAGAGGCGCUGGUGCCCAAGGUGUCGGCCAACGGUGGCCACCUUAGAGGCGAUUCUACACCUCCACCUCCUCCACCCCCACAGCGAGGACCAGGCACCUUCCUGAACUCCGAGGUUAUGGCCAAAGAGACGCCAACCGUGGAAGUCGCGGUUCCCGUGCUACCGAUCGCGAGGCCUGGUGGUGUGCAGUGGCGUGCUGCAGUGUGGCCGGUGCCCAGCUCCCAGCGCUCUGGCAGCCUCGGGCCCAAGACGGGACAUCCAGGGCCAGGAGCUUGCAGCACUGGCGGUGACACCUCGACGAUUGGUACCACACCGCUUUCCGGGGUGGCCGUGAACCACACAGCCGCCUUGCACCCCGGGCAGCCAAAGGUGAUCCGUGACCCCACUGAAGUGCUGCCCAAAGAGACAGUCAAUGGUGGGCAUUUGAGAGGAGGAGUGCUGCUGCCAUGCGGCCAGGCAAAAGUGCCAGGCGGCGUGAACGGCAGCAUCCAUUAA